CAUUGAGCUCCAGGAUUUUCCAGAGGACACACGGCUGCAGGAGGCCACCAUAUCUCAGCUGGUAUCUGGGAGUUGUGGAACCCCGGCUGGAGACGGGUUCGGGGCCCUUGUGAAGACGGACUCUCGGGGUCAUUGGCGACGUUGGUUGGGAUGUCCUAGUCGGGUCACAAUCUGUCCUUUGGAAUCUUCCAUAAUUAUAGAUUUUCCAUUUACUUGACUGACCACGUGGAUGACCAUGGCCAAGUCAUUGUGGUGUCUGUGCAGCUACGUAUUGUGUCUGAGUCUCGGGGGAAGCUACGCCACAAACUACCCACCUCGAUACAACCUAUACACAGGAGGAACUGCCCCCCAGGGACAAGUGAUGACAGCACAAGGGGUAACACAAGCACAGAACGGCCUACGGGCUGCCAGUCGGCACAGGAAUUGGUGUGCGUACAUUGUGACCCGGACUGUCACCUGCAUGGUAGAAGAUGGUGUGGAGACGUAUGUGAAGCCGGAGUACCAGCCGUGUGUGUGGGGGCAACUACAGUGUGCUCGCACCGUCAUGUGAGUAGCAGACUCUAGAG